UUCCAUACCGCCCUCUGGGAGUAGGGGUGUGCAGCAGGCUCCUCCCGCCCCUUUCCUCUGAGUGACAGGACCGUCGAUCGCAACAUUUCCAGGUGGACUCGUAGUUUGUUGGCCCUUGCGUUGGCUGAGCUGAGUAAGAAAAAGAAACCAAGAGUUUAUUGUAUCUGGAAUUGAAUUUGCCAGGAAUGUGAGCACAGCUUCCUCUGUGAAGAUCUUGCCUUUGGAAACAUCUUACCCCUUGGCAGCUCUCCAGAGUUCAGACUUGGCAGCUUCAAGGACACAACACAAGAUCUCAGCCUCUCUUUCUAUAGUGGCCACCUCCAGGUGAUCUGGAACAGGAGGUUCAGCAGUCAUUUUGGAGAUCAAAGAUGGGUAAAAAAGAUGCCUCCACUAUAAAACUUCCUGUUGAUCAGUACAGAAAGCAAAUUGGUAAACAGGAUUAUAAAAAAACCAAACCUAUUUUACGAGCAACCAAAUUAAAAGCAGAAGCAAAGAAAACAGCAAUAGGCAUAAAGGAAGUUGGCCUUGUACUUGCAGCUAUAUUGGCCCUCCUACUGGCUUUCUAUGCCUUCUUUUAUCUCAGACUGUCUGCAGAUGCUGACCCUGAUCUGGAACCAGAUGAAGAUUAGUUAAGCAGCAAUGAAUGCAUGAGAAGGAAAUAAUUUUAUAAAAGCACCUCUUGGGACCAAUACUUUCUGAAGUACUGAGACAGCAACGUCUUGAAUUCUUUCUGCUGGUAUUUUCAGUUUGCAGAAAAUAUCUUUUUAGAUAGUUGCAUAGGAUAUCAAGAAAAGAACUUUACCUAGCAAUGUAGUGUAAUGUGUGCUACCGGAUACUUUUAUAAAUCUUUCUACUUUGACAGGUAACCUUUUCACGGUGCAUUUAGAUAAAAUGGAAAACAGAUCCUAAAUUCUUUGAAUGUCUUAGCCAAUUUAUGUGUAUAACUCCAUAAGAGAUUUUAAAUCUAUUUUUGUUCCAUAUACAUCAUAAGUAAAAGUAUAUAUCCUCAUUUACAGAAACAUUCUCUAGUCACAUUCAGAGCCUAAGAAGGAAAGGAAAGUCAUGGGAAAUUUUUCAUUUUACAAAGAAGCCCUGCUUUCCUUCCAGACGUAUUUUAUAUCAUUAGAGAAACUAUCUGCACAUACAUCUACAGUAAUCUUUUUCCUCCUUUGCCAACUGUUCAGUGCACAUGUGCUCCAUCAGAAAUGGCACCUGGAUGACAGAAGCUCAAAGAGUCACAUAUGUCUCUAAAAUAGAGUUCCUUUCCUCUUGGGCUGUCUGAACUGGUGUAAAUAGAAAGUUCAGUUGAUCUUGAUUUUAAUUAACUUAUUACUAUAUUAAUAUAAACUUGGAAUUCUAUUUUAAUUAUGCCGUUCUGGCUGCUUGCAGUAUCAGUUUGCCCCUCUUGUUAGGAAGCUAUGUAACAAUCUGUCGUCUACUUGUGCAGUCUUUUUCACACAACAGUAAUAGCAGAAGUCCAACCUACUCAGAAUCAUUUUCUUGGGUUGUCUCUUAUAUCUGAACAAUACAAACUUGUUUUAUAAAAUUAUAUUUUGUCUCUGGAGAAUUAAGUCAAUUAGAACUCUUUCGUGAACAGUAAGUGAUAUAAGAAAAUAGAUGUCUUAUAUCACUCAUAUAUGUAGUUUUCUGUUUAUAUAACUUUUCAUGGUGUUUUACAUUUGUUGGAGUAUAAAGACCAAUGUAGUCAAUAUUUUCUACCAGUAAUGGAAUUUUUAAAUAUUUUUACAGUGCAUGAAUACAUAAGCUUAGAAAAUGGAAAAAUAUGUGUCCACAGCAGGGUUGACAGUUACUAUCUUAUUUAAAUCUGUACAGAAAAUGAAUAGUUUGAAACAUGUGCAUAUAGUGUUUUAUGGUUAAUACAUUAUAAUUACAAAUAGUAAAUAAAAUGUUAAGAUUGUUUCCAUACUCACCAACAGAAGAAAGUUUUGAUAAGUACUUUUGCAGAAAAUUGAAUGUGGCUGUGUAGCUCUAUGUUCUGUAGAAUUUUUUCAGGUAGCAUAAUUUAUUUCAUCAGUGUGAAAACAGCCAAAAGUUCCAGUAUCCUCACAGAUCAUUUAUGCCAAAUAUCUGAGGGCAAAAUUUAGCUAGUGCUACUUACUGGAUUCUUCCCCUAAAAAAUUGCAAACUUAAGAGACAGACCAAGAGUUCCUACACACUCACCACAGUGGACCAAUCCAAGUGGCAUUUUUAGGAAAGGUUGCAGCAUUUAAUGCCAUGUGGUAUGUCUGUUCGUGAAGUGGGUGGCAAGGGAAUAUCCAAGCUGGCAUUUUGGAUAUGAUGGGUCUUUUCUUUCCUGAGUGACAGGCCACAUGUCAAGAAAUACUGCUUUCCCCACUCCUAUCACAUUUACGUGAACAAUUUUCAUUUAGUUAUUUCCCCUCCCAUCUGGUGUUAAAUACAGUUAUAUUAAAUAAAGAUUAUUUCCAAUUUCAGUGGUAAUUUAAAUGCAAGGGAAUGUAAUAAUUGUUUUUUAGAUACCUAUCCAAGUGAGAUAUAACAGGAUUUACAGUAUUUAAAAUAGAUGAUUAUACUCUUGGAAAUGUCAAAAAUUCAUUACUCUAGGAAGAAAAAAAAAAAAAAAACUUUACUAUCCUGUUCCUCCCUUGAGGUAUUCUUUUGGAGAAAAAAAAAAAUGUUAUUUCUGAUAGUAAUGAAUGUUUGCCUAAGCAUAGUAUAAUUAUUAAGCAAGUUUGACUACUUAGUUUUAUCAAUACUCUGAGCCUAUGGCUAAUACGUUUAUAUGAUUGAUUGAUUGAUGAUAAAUCCUAAAAGCUGAACUCUGAUAUUAAUAAAUAGAAGGUAAAGUGAAACAAUGUAUAUUUACAGAACACUGUUUUUGUGAAAUGCAAAUUUUUCAAACUCACAUUAACUGGGAAGCAGCCACUCCUCUGUAGAGAAAUCCCAGGUUGAAGUCUGGAUUGAAACUUUGAAGACGAGGAGGUGAUAUCCGGCCUACAGUUUCAGAGGACUACACUUUUGAAUACUGCGUGGUAUUUGGCAUAAAUCUGAGACUGGCACCAGACAAAUUUUGGGCAUGGGUUUCCCCCCUGCAAUAAUUCACUGCUCAGAGUAAUUCGGAAGACAAAAACAGAAAAAUUAUAAUGACCUUUCAGUAUGUUAGAAUUUGUCAUAUGUUAGAAUGUUAACAUACUCUCUGCAGAAUAAAUUUCAACUAAUGCAGCUGGACUUAACAUAGAGCCUAUGAAACACUGUGAAUGAAGCCUGAAGCGUUGCUGGUUUUAUCCUGCAUGCAAAAUAAAGAAUAUAUAAAUUCA